CUACUUCAAUUUCAGUUUCAGUUUCAUCAACGGCGCUCCAUUUCGUAGCUCAUGAAUCCCCCUUAUCACUCAGACGGCGCAACAUCGCCGGCAGUCCUCCCCGACGAACUCAUCCCGGAAAUUCUGUCACGGCUUCCUGUGAAAACCCUAAUGCAAAUGAACUGUGUCUGUAAGUCAUGGAAAACCCUAAUUUCUAGUCGUUCCUUUUCCAAAUUGCACUCUCAGCGUUCUCCACGCAACACACAUCUCGCACUAGUUCCAUAUUGGAACAUGCCUGAUCAGGACAUGGACAUCAGUGUCAUUCCUUUUCCCUUAAGUCGUUUAUUAGAUAAUCCAUCAAUCUCCAUUGCUAAUCCUGAACACAGAUUGGAACGUUUGGAUUGCUGUGAAAUGGUUGGUUCUUGCAAUGGAUUGAUAUGUUUGCUUAGUUUGUCUCAGAAGGAUGAAAAGACAUUCCGUUUUUGGAACCCUGCAACCAAAAAGAUAUCUGAAAAAUUAGGGCUUUUUUGCAAUGAUUCAUCUGAUUUUUUCAGGUUUGCAUUUGGUUAUGAUAAUUUAACCGACACUUAUAAGGUUGUGGCAUUCUCUGCCAAUCAGGUUAAAGUUUUCGGUUUAGGUGAUAGUGUUUGGAGAAAUAUUGAAAGUUUUCCGUUUGUUCCUUUUGACGUUGAGUCUAUGCAACCCCACUGCCAUCCGUUUGUGAAUGAAGGUGUUUAUGUGAGUGGUACUAUUAACUGGUUGGCUAUUCGAAACGUGAUUGAUUAUAAAUGGAAAGAUAUUAACAUUGAGCAAUUUGUAAUUGUUUCACUUGAUCUGGGUACUGAGACAUACCGGCAGUUGCUACCACCUCGGAGAUUUGAUGAAGUGCCUUCGGUUGAGCCGGCUGUUACUGUGUUGAUGGAUUGUUUAUGUUUUUCACAUCAUUUUAAGGGAACGCAUUUUGUUUUGUGGAAGAUGAUGGAAUUUGGAGUUCAAGAGUCUUGGAUUCAAUUUCUUAAAAUUAGUUAUGUGGAUCUUCGGAUUUAUCAUGGAGUUAGUGAGUCAUUUGAAUAUCAUUCUCAAUUGUUCUUGUUUCCGUUGGGUCUUUCGGAGAGUAAUGACACAUUAGUACUCGCAAGCAAUCAAGAAAGCUUUGCAUGUGAAGAAGAAAAAGCGAUUCUUUAUAAUUGGAGAGACAAUAGAGUAGAGCGGACUAGAUUUACCGAUGAAAUAUUGUGGUUUUUUACGAAGGGUUAUGUCGAAAGUUUGGCUUCACCAUGUUGAAAGACCACAAGCUCAAAUUCAAGCACAUCUAGGUGUUAUUGAUAGCCGAUGGCAUGGCAGGAAGAAAGGCGAAAAAGGUUUAUUAGAGCCCCAUUUUGUUUUGUUUUAGUAUUUCGAAAUUGCUUUGUAAGCAUUUCUAGAAAUUUACCACAAAAUAUUUGUAUAAGUGCCAAUGGAAGUCUCAAACUUGUAAGUGAUUUCAGCUCGCAUUAUCUUUGACAUUUUGAUUUUUGCAUGGAUUUAAAAUGCUUCUGCUAUCAAUCAUUUUCACACAAUUGAACUCCAUUUUAUCCAUUAGUGAAGCCUGUGUACCAGAUCCUCAGGGACUAGCUUUGAUUUCUGCAAAUUCCUUCAUUUGAUCAUUGUGUUGCUGACGCUAUUCUGUGUCUGCAUUCCAAGCUUGGAGUGUUACUGUAUGCAUUUUCAUGAAUGCAGCUGUAGGAUAUACGAAGUAUGUGCUUAUGCCUAUGUAGGUGUUUGCAACCAGGGAGAAGCUUGCUUUGCAGGCUAUUAUGUCACUCUCCCCUAAUUCUGACAGGCUGUAUGCAUAAUUACUGUAUUAUUCAGCUCAAGAUCACUAUAAUUUUUCGAUUUGAAAUCAGUUUCCAAAAGAUGUGUUUUGAUCGGUGAGUAUUUGCUUAUUGGAGGUAGGGUGUGCGAAAUAUUCGGCUGUAAUGUCCAAAUCCAUAACCAAAUCUAUACAACUUU